AUGAACUAUGGACUCAACGUUCCUCAUGGCCCUGAUGUCACGGGCACGCACCCCAUCGCCGUCGACGCCAAUCCAGACAUGACCAACAAUGAGAGGGAAGUCUUCAACUAUCUGUUGAGACCUGACGACAGCUAUACCGACAAUGGUGUUUACUGGGCUGACCUCCCCAUCAUGCAACGCAUCAAAUUCAUCAACAAGGUCAACAACAUAGAAUCGAGGAGGGAGCUCGGCGCUUUCUGGACAAUGUUCAAGAACGACCCCCUUGCUCCUGUCGGCUUCUACAUGCGCAACAUGGUUUUGCCCGGUGCUGGUCUUGGUCUCGAAGGUUACGUCCUGUUCUCCAUCGGCAACGUCAAGCCCAUGUUUCAGGCGGUUUUCAAAGACUGCUGGAAGAGCUACAAAACUUGCAACAAGCAAUGGAUCUACGCUGUCGACUACCUGGAGAUUAUUGGUAUCAUCGUCGGUCAAAUUAUGGUCGGUGUCAUCGGUGAUUGGAUUGGUCGUCGCUGGGGUCUCAUUCAGGACGCCACCAUCAUGUUCACUGGUCUUAUCAUGUUGACUUGCUCCUGGGGUGUAACUCGGAACGGUUGGGUCAUCUGUUACGCCUGGUCGCUGUUCUUCUACGGUAUCGGUGUCGGCGGUGAAUACCCCAUGACUGCCACGUCCGGAAUGGAGAACGCUGUCGGUUCAGGCAAAGUCUCAACCCGAGAUGAUCGUCUCCACCGUGGCCGCAAAGUCACCAGCGCCUUUUUGAUGCAGGGUUGGGGUCAAUUCUUCAACCAAGUCAUCCUCAUCCUCCUCCUUCUGAUCUUCCACCACGGUAGCGGAAAUCCACCUUACUCCGAGAUCUCCGCUCAAUGGACCUACCGUAUAUCGUUUGCCAUCCCCGCUGUCGGUACCGCGUGGUUGAUCUACUGGCGUACGUUCAAAGUCAAGGCUGCUGCCAACAAGCAAUUGAGAAUUGCCAAGGCCAAGAACGCGGUAACUGGCUAUGACACUCAGUCUCUGUCACUGUGUUUCCGAUACUUCGGUGGCCGCAUCCUCGCAACUGCUGGCGCUUGGUACAUGAACGACGUCUUCUUCUACGGCAACAAGCUGUUCCAGAGCGAGUUUAUCACUGUCAUUAUGCCAUCGAACAAGUCAAUCAUGCCUGGUUGGCUUUACAACUUGAUCAACGUCGGUGUCUCCCUCUGCGGUUACUAUUUGGCAAGCUUCCUCAUCGACAACAAACUCUACGGUCGCAAGCACAUGCAAACGCUCGGUUUCCUGAUGUGUUUCAUCUUCUUCGUUGUCCCGGCCUUCAAAUUCAAGUACUACACCUCACCUGCUCAUAUCAAAGAAUUCCAGGCCAUGUACUUCUUGUCAUCCUUCUUCAAUCAAUUCGGCCCCAAUUCUGUCACCUUCAUUGCCGCCGCCGAAGUCUACCCAGUCGCUGUCCGUGCCACUGCUCACGGUUUCUCCGCCGCCUGCGGUAAACUCGGUGCACUGACUGCCGCUGUUGUGUACAACUAUCUCACCGUACAGCAAAAGUUCUACUUCGUCCCCUGGUUCGGUCUGGCUGGUGUGUUCUUGAGCGUUGUCUUCCUGCCAGAUACCACCGGUCUCGAUCUCAAAGAGCAAGAACGUCGCUGGGCAUACAUCCGUGCCGGUCGCGAGCACGAAUACCACGGUGUUGCCGUGCAUCCCAAGCAUUUGAGCUUGUACGAGCGCCUCCGAGGCGUUGGGAAGGACUACAACGCUGACCUCGACUACAAGCAGCGCAUCGAGGAGAUGCGUGGUGAAUGGGAAAUGCGAAUGUCCGAGCGCGCCGCCGAGAAGGAGCUUGAUCACGAAGACUUUGAUGACGAUCAUCCAUCAGAAAUACACUCCUUCUUCGCCCGUUCCACCAAGUCUCCUAACCUCCGUGGUGCCGAGAACGAGAAGAUUCCUCCAAUGAACGGCCAGAACGGUACCAACGGUAUCUAA